GGCCUGCUGGGUCAAAAAGAUUCCAGUGUGGUGUAGUGGUUAGAACAUCAGACUAGGACUAGAGUUCAAAUCAGGGUUCGGCCAUGAAGCACCCUGGGUGACCCUGCUCUCAGCCUCACCCACCUCACAUGGUUCUUGUGAGGAUAAACCAUGGCAGGAGAAUGUGUGCCAUCGUAUGGAAAGCUAGGAUAAGAAUAAAUAGGAAGUGCAUUUAGGAUUUCAGUCUUGAGAGCCCCCCAAAAAAGCUUUGGGUUGCUGGAAUACAGAUAACCAUAAAAAGAAUAAGGUGUUGGUGUAGGCUGCUGGCCGCAGCACCUGCCCUUCAUGGCCAGGGCCAGGAAGAAAAAAAACCAGCCACACCGGGAGGGGCUGAGCUGCUGUUAACGCAAAGCUGCUCGAUCGGCUCUCCCAACGCCAGGUGGUUGCUAGCCAGGCCACGAGAGAAGGAGGGGGGCAGCUGCUGCUGGUGCGGCUUGUAUUUUUUAGGAGGAGGAGGGCAAUCUGUUGCAUGUUUCAUUGGAAAGAGUGGGGAGUGGGCAGGCACGUGGUGUUACAGGAGAGGUGUGUCUUCCUUUCGGAUUUCUGGAAAUCGGGAAGGGGGAGAGCGACAGCCCGCUAACCUGACCUUCGAUUGACCCAGGGGAAAACCUCUGCUGCAGGGCGGCCGCAGGGUCAAGAUCCGGCCGGUGAAGCCCGCGGCCGGCUGCCUACUCCGGAGCAACCUGAUCUUGCCAUCUCGCAGAAGGGCUGAACACAAGCCGCUCCUUAAGUUCUGCUUUAAAAUUUUAAUUUGAUUGAACACCGUGCCUUGUUGGGAGUCGCUGAAUGGGCCCAGCUACCCACGCGCACGAGCGGAGGGAGCCACGCAAGACUCGGAACCGCGCACGAGCCGCUCUCCGGGGAGGCAGCCGGAGUUGCGUGCCGCCCUCACCUCACCCCUGUGCCAGGCAAGGAGUCACUAUAUGAGAUGUUGCCCUUAACUGGCAAAACAAUAAUAUUUGAUAGCUUUCCUGAUCCUUCUGACACCUGGGGAAUAAUUGAGACAAUUGGCAAAGGAACAUAUGGCAAAGUUUUUAAAGUAUUCAACAAGAAAAAUGGGAGUAAAGCAGCAGUGAAAAUCUUGGAUCCAGUUCACGACAUUGAUGAGGAAAUUGAAGCUGAGUACAACAUUCUGAAAGCUCUUUCUGAUCAUCCAAAUGUAGUCAAGUUUUAUGGACUGUACUACAAAAAAGAUGUGAAGGAUGGCGAUCAACUGUGGUUGGUCCUUGAGCUAUGCAAUGGAGGAUCUGUGACUGACCUUGUAAAAGGGUUUUUGAAGAGAGGGGAAAGAAUGAGUGAACUUAUUAUUGCUUACAUUUUACAUGAAGCACUUAUGGGACUUCAGCAUUUACAUGAAAACAAAACUAUCCACCGUGAUAUCAAGGGAAAUAACAUCCUUCUGACCACUGAAGGAGGUGUUAAACUUGUGGAUUUUGGUGUAUCAGCUCAGCUGACCAGCAGUCGUCUCCGUCGGAAUACAUCAGUAGGAACUCCUUUUUGGAUGGCUCCUGAGGUGAUUGCAUGUGAGCAGCAGUUGGACAGUUCCUACGAUGCCAGAUGUGAUGCAUGGUCACUGGGUAUCACUGCUAUAGAGUUAGGUGAUGGAGAUCCACCUUUGGCUGAUUUGCAUCCUAUGAGAGCUCUGUUCAAAAUACCAAGGAAUCCGCCUCCUACAUUACGGCAGCCAGAGAUAUGGUCGUCUGAAUUCAAUGACUUUAUCAGCAAGUGUUUGACCAAAGAUUAUGAGAAACGCCCAACAGUAUCUAACCUGCUGCAACAUGAUUUUGUGAAGCAGGUGGAGGGCAAGGAGAAUCUCCUGCAGAUGCAGCUGAUGGAAUUCAUUAACGUUCAUCAGCAAAUGGGAAUCACAGAAAAAGCAAGAUUUGAGCGUAUUCAUACUAAGAAAGGGAAUUACAGUAGGUCUCCAGUUGCAGACCAGGAGGAUGUGGAUGAUCUGGCAACCUUAGAGGUGCUAGAUGAGAAUACAGUAACAGAGCAACUGCAGAAGAGCUAUGCCAGGAAUCAGAUCUACAUCUAUGUGGGGGACAUUCUCAUUGCAAUCAAUCCUUUUCGGAACUUAGACCUUUAUGCUACACAGCAUUCCAAACGGUACAUUGGGGCCAAACAGACUGCCAACCCUCCUCACAUCUUUGCUGUGGCUGAUAUUGCAUACCAGUCCAUGGUCACAUACAGUUCCGAUCAGUGUAUUGUAAUAUCUGGAGAAAGUGGAGCAGGGAAGACUCAAAGUGCCCAUCUUCUGGUUCAACAGUUGACCGUCCUUGGAAGGGCUAAUAACAGGACACUUCAAGAAAAAAUCCUCCAAGUCAACAAUCUGCUAGAGGCCUUUGGAAAUGCGGGCACUAUUAUUAAUGAUAAUUCUAGCAGAUUUGGGAAAUAUCUAGAAAUGAAAUUCACCUCCAGUGGCACUGUUGUAAGUGCUCAGAUUUCAGAAUAUCUCCUUGAAAAAUCAAGAGUCAUACAUCAAGCUGUAGGAGAGAAGAAUUUUCAUAUUUUCUAUUACACCUACGCUGGUUUGGCAGAGAAGAAAAAACUAGCUCAUUAUAAAUUGCCAGAAAAUAAACCUCCCAGGUAUCUACAAAAUGAACUUCUCAGAACAGUACAAGAUUUCAUGAACAAUGGUUUCUACAAAUCCCAGUUUGAAUUAAUUGAGCAAUGCUUCAAGGUGAUUGGAUUUACGAUGGAGGAGCUAGGGAGCGUAUACAGCAUCCUUGCUGCCAUUUUAAAUGUGGGCAACAUCGAAUUCUCAUCGGUGGUAACUGAGUACAUGAUUGACAAGAGCAUCGUUUCCAAUCCAACGCCUCUUGAGAACUCUGCUUCUUUGCUGUGUAUUCAGGCAGAUGAAUUGCAAGAAGCUCUAACUUCUCAUUGUGUGGUGACCCGAGGGGAAACCAUUAUACGGCCCAACACGAUGGAAAAAGCAAUUGAUGUAAGAGAUGCCACAGCCAAAGCACUGUAUGGGCGUCUCUUUAGUUGGAUAGUGAACCGGAUCAAUGCGCUGCUCAAGCCAGGUACUUUUUUAAGUGGAAAUGAAGAAGGACUGAACAUUGGAAUUCUUGAUAUCUUUGGUUUUGAAAACUUCAAAAGAAAUUCUUUUGAACAGCUCUGUAUCAACAUUGCUAACGAGCAGAUUCAGUUCUACUUCAAUCAGCAUGUCUUUGCAUGGGAACAGAAUGAAUACCUGUAUGAAGGCGUUGAUGCACGAGUUAUUGAAUAUGAAGACAACAGGCCCCUGUUAGAUAUGUUCCUGCAAAAACCCAUGGGAUUAUUGUCCCUGCUUGAUGAGGAAAGCCGGUUUCCUCGCGCCACCGAUCAGACUCUUGUGGAAAAAUUUGAAGACAACCUGAAAUCAAAAUAUUUCUGGAGACCAAAAAGAAUAGACUUGACAUUUGGGAUUUACCAUUAUGCAGGGAAGGUUCUUUAUAAUGCAACUGGGUUCUUAGCCAAAAACCGAGACACUUUGCCAGCUGAUAUUGUACUGCUCUUGCGAUCCUCGGAAAACUAUUUGACUAGGCAGCUGGUAAUCCACCCUCUUACAAAAACAGGUAACUUGGCACAUACUAAGAGCAAGAGUGCAAUAAACUACAAGACAUGGACUCCACAGAAAUCAAUUAGCCACACUAAGCUGGAUAUCUUUGUGUUGUGCAAUUCGUAUUCCUUCUGUGAGAGUGAGCCAGAGGAUUCCAUGCAUCAUCCAAGGGAAACAACCAAUAUGAAAACACAGACAGUUGCUUCAUAUUUCAGAUACUCACUAAUGGAUUUAUUAUCUAAAAUGGUGGUUGGCCAGCCUCACUUUGUUCGCUGCAUUAAGCCAAACAACGAUCGACAGGCAAACAAGUAUGACAGAGAAAAGGUAUUGGUACAACUACGCUACACUGGGAUUCUGGAAACGGCACGGAUCCGGAGGCAAGGCUAUUCUCAUCGUAUUCUCUUUGCUAACUUCAUAGAGCGAUACUAUCUCCUUUGUUACAAAUCAAGUAACAAGCCCCCUGUUAGCCCUGAAACUUGUGCUGCCAUUUUGGAAAAAGCCCAGCUUGACAACUGGAUUCUUGGGAAAACUAAGGUAUUUCUCAAAUACUAUCAUGUAGAGCAGCUGAACUUAAUGCAAAAGGAGACAAUUAACAGGAUUGUUUUGAUUCAAGCAUACGUCAGAGGGUGGCUUGGUUCAAAGAGAUACAGAAAGCUAAAGGAGAACAGGGAAGAAAGUGCAAUUAAAAUACAAUCAGCUUACAGGGGAUACGUUAUUCGCAAAGAAUAUAUGAAUGCAAAGAAGACAUCCAAAAAAACAGAAAUGUGCAUUACCAAACUACAGGCUGCUGCAAGAGGAUACUUAAUCAGAAAGACGAUUAAAGAGGAAAAGGACGCAAAUAAUAAAGCAGCAACAACAAUUCAGUCCCAUUACAGAGGAUACAGGGAGCGAAGGAGUUUCAAAAGGAAAAGGGAAUCACUUCUUAAGGAGGAACAGGCUGAAACUGCAGCUACACCAAAUGAAAAAGAAAAAGACAAACAAGCUCCAGACAUUCAGGGUGGUGCAACUGUUGCACACAAGUCUCCUCCCCAAACAGAAGAGGAGGCCGCUGUCAUUCUUCAGAGUAAUUACCGGGGUUACAGAGAACGGAAAAGGGUUAAGGAACAGUGUAAGGAAACAAGAGAUGCAGAUGAGGUGCAAAGCUCACCUCCAGAGGCUGAGGUCGGUGCAACUGCUGUGCAAAAGUCACCACCUCAAACAGAAGAGGAGGCCGCUGUCAUUCUUCAGAGUAAUUACCGGGGUUACAGAGAACGGAAAAAGGUUAAGGAACAGUGCAAGAAAUUGGAAGGUACUGAUGAGGUGCAAAGCUCACCUCCAGAAGGUGAGGUGGGUGCAACUGUUGGGCACAAGUCACCACCUCAAACUGAAGAGGAGGCUGCUGUUAUCCUUCAGAGUAAUUACCGAGGUUACAGAGAUCGUAAAAAGGUAAAGGAACAGUGCUGCAGGAAUGUAGCGGAGCAAGAACCUACUUUGGUGCAGAACCUCAGGCCAGCACAAGAAGCAGGAGCUGGUAUGGUCACAAAAGAUCCAGCUGCUUCUGUUACUCGGAGCAUUUCCAACUCGGAAGAGAAGGCAUUGGAGGAGAACAAAGAGAUGCUUCCCAGCAAAGGAUAUUCUUCCAUGAAACAAAAGCCUCUAGGAGAGCUUGCGGAACAAGAUGGAAAACAGGCCAUUUCCAACCGCUUGUCUAAGAAAGCAUCUAUCAAAAAGGCAAGUGAAUCUAGCCAGCAGACUCCUCAGGAAAAAAGUGACAGGAAUGAGAAAAGGCCGGCUCCCAUUGUUCCCCAUGACAGUCACCUGGAAAGAGCUUCUCUGAAACACAGCCAGGCAACUCCCUGUGAAAAUAAAGCAAGUAUAAGGAAAAGCUCUGUGAAAGGCUCUCAGGAGCAUAUUGAAGCCAGCAAGCAAACAUCAGGAGACAAAGAGAAGGCAGCGCUAGUCAUUCAGAGUAAUUAUCGAGGGUACCGAAGUCGGGGACAGCUCAGAAAAGAAGGGAAAUUGCCGGGUGGAAACCAAGGGAGAGCACACAAUGAGCUGAGAGGAGCAGGGCACAGUCAAAAUCCUGGUUCCAAGGCAACAAAAGAGAAGAGAAGCUCCAGAGAUCAGGCUGAGGGCCCAAAGAAUGUUCUGAAAGAUGGCCCAGAAGAGGAGAAGUCUGACCUGGAAGCUUUUUCCAGUCAGAUAUCAGAAUUGUCAGAAGACUAUUUGGUGCUGCAGCAGAAGCUGAAUGAAAUGAUUCUGUCACAACAACUGAGGCCUGUGAUGCUCUCCAAAGACAAGAAAGCAAAUGACCGCCUUUCUCCUCGUGUGUAUCAGCCUGUUGGUUCCAAAUCAGAGGAUGCUCACCCUGUGCAGAGAUGCCCAAGGCGGCCUCAGAAACCUAAGACACUGAACAACCCCGAAGACGCUACAUAUUACACUCUCAUACAUAAAUCAGUCCAGGAUGAAAAGCGGAAACCGAGAAAAAACAGUGUGGGCAAGAUACUAGAUGUAGAAGAUCCCUAUUACCAAGAAUUUUCAUCCACUGAUUUAAUCUCAAAUGACAGUAAUAGCAGCACAAGAGAAAAUAAGUCACCAGUGGAGCCCAGAACUGCAACAUUAAGGAUUAGUGAAGAGCCAAGGAGCUCAGGGGGCCCACUGGAAGAAAACAGAAGCAAAAAUAAUCCUUAUGACUAUCAAAAAUUGUUACGGAAGACCUCUCAACGCCAGCGCCUUAUCCAGCAGUAUUAGCUGCUGCAGCCACUCUUUGGCUUUCUUCAGCAUAAAUGUUUUUGUAUGGUUUUAUACUCCAUUCUUUUCUUUUUAAUCCCUCUAUCUAUCUACCUCUAUCUCUGUCUCUCUCUGGAAUUUGUUGUAGCGCCUUACAGGGAAAGAUGCUAUGGUUUAAAUAGUAAUGUGCUGGGUGGGUUUUUUAAAAAGAAGAAAGAAAAGAAAAUGUAAAUGUGUGAAAAAUUAUUUUAUUAGUAUGCCAUAACUUAUUAAAGUCUAGAUAACUUAUAAAGCAAAUCGUUGUUCCUUCCCCUCCCCCCUUUUUUCUAUUUUUCCAUAGUGCAAACUCAAAAGUAGGUUUUCUUUUGUCUCGUUUUAUUUUCUGAUCU